UCGGCGGCAGGUUGGAGCGGGGAUCCGGGCGGAUUAUUAUCGGUAGCGGCGUCCGAACCGCGACCGGCCACACCUUUCCUCUGCACCCCGGAAUGUAUGGACCGACCAUUUGUCGGAAAGUUAAAUGUUUGAACAUCAUGAAAACAGCACGGCAUCAACAAAACACCAGCUGUGCAGCAGCAAAGGCUGUCUGUGUGGGAACAUUUCAGUUACUGCGCAGCUCGGAAUAAUAUGGGACAGAGAAUAAUACUAAUGGAAGGAAUCAGCCUGAGCUAAGUCACAGAUUGAAAUUCCCAUUCUCACACAGACAGGAAAUCUGUUGGGGAAUUAGAUGGACAGAUCAGUUGCCGGCAUCAUGAGCAGUUGGAAGGAGAGUUUUUCCCCCAACUUGGGUUGAUCCUCGCUGUAACAGUGUGAUGUCAGAGUUCAGAAAGGAGAUUAAAAUUAUCUCAUAAUAUAUCGGCUGUGAAAAUUAAUCAGAUACAGGAGCAGAAUGAGGUCGUUUGGCCCAUCGAGUCUGCUCCACCAUUUCAUUACAGCUGAUCCAUUUCCAUCUCAGCCGCACUUUCCUGCCUUCUCCCCAUAUCCCUUCCUGCCCUGACUAAUCAAGAAUCCAUCACCCUCUUCCCAAAAAUAGACCCAAUUACUUGGACUCCAGAGCAACUCAUAGCAGCAAAUCCCACAGAGUCACCACGCUCCGGUUAAAGAAAUUCCUCCUCAUCUCCAUUCUGAAAGAACAAAGCUCGAUUUUGAUGCUGCGUCCACUGGUUUUCGACUCCCCCACUCUUGUCAACAUACUCUCCACAUCCACUCUAUCGAGACUUUUCAAUGUUCGAUAGAUUUCAAUGAGGGCCCCAUUUUUCUGAACUCCAGUGAGUAGAGGCCCCGAGCCAUCAAAUGUUCUUCAUCAGACAAACCUUAUAAAUCCUGAAAUAUUUUUGUAAAUUUCCUUUGAACGCUCUGCAAUGUAAGUACAUCUGUUCUACUUAAGGGGCCUGAAUCUGCUCUCAACAGUCCAAGUGAGGCCACACUUUAUAAAUACUCAACAUCACAUCCUUGCUUUUAUAUUCUCCUACUCUUCAACAUUAUUUCCUCUCUAUUGAGAAAACAGUCUGCACUCUCAUUGCCUCUAACAAAGUGGAUGACCAUACACUUCUCUGAAUGAUGACUUUCACUCAUUGAUGUCUUUUGUAAAUCUUUUUUACAGGUUAGAAAUGACAAAAAUUGUGUACGGGAAUUUUAAACAGAACAACAUGUCAGUUUGCUGUCUCUGCCCAGAUAUUUAAGGAGUUACUAGAUACUUAACAAUGUACCACUGUUGAUCCUUGGAGAUGAAGAAUUUUGUCAUCACAGCUGGAAAAGUGCUUUGUGUCUGAAAUGAAGUUUUCUGUUGUAACUCACUGAAAUCCACUGGAACCGGGGAGCUGAGAACACACCAGCAUUUGUUCACUGGAGAUCAGUUCUUCAACUACAUUGAUUGUGCAAGGGGUUUACUACAUCUGAUAUUUGAUUUAUGAAUUGACAAAGAACUGUGGGAAGGGAUUCACUCUACACUCACUCAUCUCACCUGCAUGCACAACAGCGAGUUCACACUGAUAAGAUGUCGUUCACCUGCGCUGAUUGUGGGAAGGGAUUCCCUCGGUCAUCCAGCCUACUGACACACCAGCGAGUUCACACUGGUGAGAAGCCGUUCACCUGCUCAGACUGUGGGAAGGGAUUCACUCAGUCAUCGCAACUGCGGAGACACCAGUCACUUCACACUGGGGAGAAGCCAUUCGCCUGCUCAGACUGUGGGAAGGGAUUCACUUGGUCAUCUGAACUGAAGAUACAUCAGCGAACUCACACUGGGGAGAGGCCAUUCACCUGUUCAGACUGUGGGAAAGGGUUUAUUCGGUCAUCUCAACUGAAGGUACAUCAGCGAGUUCACACUGGGGAGAGGCCGUUCACCUGCUCAGUCUGUGGGAAAGGAUUCACUCAGUCUUCUGUACUGAAGGAACAUCAGCGAAUUCACACUGGGGAGAGACCGUUCAGCUGCUCAGUCUGUGGGAAAGGAUUCACUCAUUCAUCUGUACUGAAGGUGCAUCAGAGAAUUCACACUGGGGAGAGGCCGUUCACCUGCUCAGACUGUGGGAAGAAAUUCACUGACUCAUCCAGGCUACAGGCCCACCAGUGAGUUCAUACUGGAGAGA